GGAGGAGAGAGGGUAGGAAAUCCGAAUAGCAUGAGGACUUACAGGGAGGGGUUAAGAUUGAUUUUGUUCCCUGUUUGCGGGGCUUUGGUUGGGUCGGUUUUAUUUUUAUUUUCAUUUUUAUUUAUUCCUUUUGUGUGUCUCUGUGUGUGUGUGUGCGGUGAUGGCGGUGCUCCUCAAGGAAAGAAUAACAAACGGCGGGAUGCGCACAGCGGGCAGGAACAGAGGGGCUGCGUCGAGCCUGCUCAAAGCACAGUCCAGACCGAGCCGGCAGCGGGAGGCUGCGGAGGGCAGGGACGGCUCGGCGGGGCUCUGGCGGAGGGGCUGCGGAGGGGUUGCCGGCGUCACCGAUCCCCUCGGGGAGGGCGGAGAGAGACGCAGCGGGCAGCCGUACGGAGCCCCGCGCGGCGGCACUCGGGCAGCCGGUAGGGCCGCGGCCGGACGGAGGGCAGCCCCGGUGCGGCUGCUGGGCGGCGCGGCGGCCGCUCCUCCUCCUCCCGCAGCCGCCAUCCAGCGAGCCGCGGCGGCGGUACCGAGCGGUUAUAAGUGUCAUUCAGACACCAGUCUUCUGAGAUGGGAAAGACCAAUGAUGAAAAGACCAGUGAUGUUUCUUCACUCCUUUCAGAAGAUAUUAACUCCAAGUUCUUUCCUGUCUUGCAAGAGUUUGGGCGUUGCAGAGAACAACAGGUGAAGGCGUGAAGUGCAACACUGAGAAAACAUGCACAUGCACAUAGGAUAAUCUCAGUGUCCCAGUUGUGCACUUGCAUGGCUAGGUAAAACAGAACAAAACAAGACAGCAACCUGAAGGUAAAGUUCUCAUUAAGCAUUGUCUGGGCUGUCUAGAAGCAGUAGAUCUUCUCUACCACCUACUGGAAUUUAUUGGACAAUUUGGUGUCAUCACAGGAAGUAUUUGUUAGUUAUUUUUUUUCUUUUGAGACAACAAACACUGUUAGAGGCUGAAUAAAUUCUGUAGCUGACGGCUGGUAUGUGAUAAUACUAAUAUGGUCAAUAUGGAGUUAACCAAUCUGCUCCUUAGAGCUGCACUUUACAGCUAUAGUCUAAUCAUUGUCUACUCUUAAGAAACAGCUGUAACGUGAUUUUUUUCAAACUCAGUAGUCAGCAUUAUUGACUUACUAGUGUAAAGAAUUGCAUAAAUAGCAAAAAAAGCAGUUAUGAGUACAUGAAGAAAUUAUAUUUUUUUAUUUCUAAACAAUUUUCUGUGUAAUUAAAAAAAAAGACAAAUAUAUUUAAUUUGUUCUAUUUCCCAUAUUAAAAGGAAUUCUCAAUCAUGAUUUUUUUUUUCUCCAUGAUAGGAGAACAAGUGCAGUGAAGGAUAAUAAAGAAAGCUCUACUAUGACACCUUCAAAACAAGCUGCUCUCUAAAAAAGUAGCCUCACACUCAAUAUUGUGAUUGGAAAAUACCCUGACACGUAGUUUACUCUCAUAGAAUAUUCCUACCUGUUGCUUAGGAAUAUUCAGUCUCCUGUAAACUUAUUCACUGGGUCUGGUUGGAAUGGAGCUAAUGUUGUUCACAGCAACCCAUACAGUGCUGAUUUAGAUUUGUCACUAAAACAUUGCUGGUAACACAUCUGUUGCUGAGCAAUGCUUGAGCAACUUUGAGACCUCUGUUUCUCAUGCUAUCCCUUGCAGCAAGAAAGCUAGAAGCCUUGCCAGUGGGCAGAAGGUUGGGAAGGGACUUAGAUGACCCAAACUGAUCAGAGAGAUAUUCCAUAUCAUUUCACAUCACACUCAGCAAUGAAGGCAGGGGAGGCAAGUUUUUCCAAAGUAGCCAUUGCUCAUAGGCUGGUUGGACACAUUUGCUCUUGGGUGGUGGUGAGCAAUUGAUUACCUUUGCACCACUUGUUUUCCAUUUGUUUUGUUGCAUUUCACUUAUUAAGCUGUCUUUAUACUAAUCCAUGAUUUUUCUCACUUUUGGUCUGAUUCUCCUCUCCGUCCCUCUGUAGGGGACAGAGUGAGUGACUGGCUAGGUCCUAGCUGCCUGCUGGGGCCACCCUCCAAAGCCAUUUCUGGGACUGGAGAAGUAAGAUGUGAUGCCUCGGCAGUUGUUGAAUUUUUGAAACAGAGAACAGUCCUCCCAGUUUUCCUGUUUCACUGAUCUCAGAUUACACAUGCAUUACCUGUGAUCCUUGGAAAUGUAACAAGGUGCUAAAAUAAAUUAGAAAAUAAAGAUGUAAGCUUAAAAAGUGAGAGCACGUUCUCAUACUAAUAGUAUUAAUAGCAUUAAGCUGCCUUUGGUGUCAUGUUUCAUUCUCUUGGUAGCUUUCCAUCACUGUCAUGCUUUGUGACUAAUUUUUCUGUGGUUGGUUUCUGCUUUUUCUGAUUGUCAUGAGUGAACAGACACAAAAACAAGUUAUUCACAAAACCAUGGAGGUUCUGAUGGCCUCAUUUAGCUCUAUGAUUAUGCUGUACGGUAUGUAUGGGAUCAGUGAACCCUGCGGGUGUUAGGUAGAACCCCUAAUGAAGGUGGAUAAUAAUAUUUAUUGGCAUUUGUCAUAAGUGGAGCUAAAGACUUAUAUAGAAUGCAGGUGAGGAUUUAUUUGGAAACCUAAAACAUUAUAACACCUGUUAGUGAGAGCCAGUGGGACCCCGCAGUGUGCUCUGUGUGAUGUGAUGCGACUGAGCAGUGUCCAAUCUGCUUUGGUUUUAAAUAGACUGUGGCUCCAUCAUCCACUUAUGUACACUGCUGAUAAAUAUAACUGAAGGAUCUUAUCGCUGCCUUAAUCCUUCAUUCACGUCGCCUGCUAUUAUCUCUUAUACUUGUCAUGCUUUGAUCCUAGAGAGGCUGGACAUUUUUUUGGUUAAAGAAUUCUGGCUUAUUUUGUGUUUACACACAUGUUCCCUGUAGGGCUUCAAUACCACCUCAUGGUAUUAUGACAGCGUAACUGAAGGAGAGGGGAUUCUGCUGAUCUGUGGAAUGCUCCCACAGAGCAAUAAUUGUACUUACAAUGUUAACUGUUUCUAACUUGGAAAUUAUUUAAUGUAUUUUGUACUCAGAGAAUUAUGAAAAAUGAGGGGGAAAAAAGAGAUAGUAUCUACAUUUUUCAUAACCUCAACAAAAUAAGAUUAUUAAAUUAUUCCCAAUUUUCUUUCAGAUUAGAAGUAACUCAAAACACUGAAGGUUUUAAUUAGAACAAUUAGCAUGGCAGAAGUGGCUAGUAGGUCAGAGAGAAGACUGCUUUAGUUGGAAGUGGUUCUCAGGUUCUACUUUUUCUGAAUCACAUAAGGCACACAUUUGUUGGUGGAUCCUGUCUUAGAGAUUUCUGCCCAACUAAAAUAAGCUUGCUAGCUCCUAAUUUUGUUCUUUAUCUGAGAAAAAUUGUUCCAUUCCAUCAUUCACUGUCUGUAAGUCAAUUUCUGACAAAACGCAUCAGGCUAAUACGCUGCAUAGAAAGUUCACUGACUAACUUGUAAUCAGCUUCAAUUGUAAAUAUAUUCUAAGGACUAUCUAUUUAACUGCGUAUAAUAGAAAGCUGCCGUAAAGCUAAACAACCUAUGCGGAUCGAAAUCAUUCAGUUCUUCCAACAUCUCAUAAUUAACACGCCCAUAUAGAGUUUAAAUACUAUAAAGAAGUGAAGAUAACAGUAUGUAAUGGUGCUCACCACAUCCUAGUUUUUCAAAUGCUGUUUCCAUAGAAAUGCAAAACAAAAGUUGAUCAAUUUUUAUUUCUUAAAUCCCAUUCUUAGAGCACUGCACUCAUCUCAUAUAUUUAUUUGUAGGUGAUCUUGUUCUGCACGUUACUUUCAGCAACAGCUGAUAAAAUGUACCUAAUGAAUAUCUUACGCUUUUCACAGGUAAUCAUGAUGCACUUUACAGUGGCUUAGUUAAAAUUUUCUCUUCUUACAGAGCUUUAAAUUUGCUAAGCAGCAAGGAAUCAUUGAAUCACAGAUUGGCUUGGGGUGGAAGGGAACUUAAAGAUCAUCUAGUUCAAACCCCCCUGCCAUAGUCAGGGCUGCUACCCAGUAGAUUGGGUUACCCAGGGCCCCAUCCAAUAACAGCUCUUCUGCAAAGUUUGCCAAUGUAUCUGCUGUUUAUAAUAGUACUGGGAGUAUUUUUCAUUCUUAAAUCAGCUAUUGGAACAAUGAAGUAAUUUUGAGCUAUGCUGUUUCUUAACAUGCUUUUUGAGCAGUAAUUACUUCAUCAUCACCUGCAAAAUCUUGCAGUGCUGGAAAAUUAAAACAAUUAUCCUAACAAGUUUUCUAUGAGAUUUUUCAUCCAAGCACAUUCAGAGUGCUAGCUUCUCCAUGAAAAUCUAUUUCUACACCCAAAGUUAUUCUUGCUUUACUCAGACAUUCUCCAGAAUUAUUUAAAGAGCUCUCUAUCAAAACGAUGACUUGUCUCUAGCCAGUCACAAAUACAGAUUUGGCUUGGUCACCAAAAGUCUCCCCUGGAGGUAUUCACCUGAGUUCCUCAUCUCUGCAAAAAUCACAAACGUUUAAAACCUUCAGUCUCCAAGUUAUUAAAUUAUUAUUAAAUUAAACUAUUGAGAAUAGUUUCUGAGUAUUUUUGAUAAUAUAUCAUUGUUAAGGUUGGAUUCCUAUUUACACUGAUCUAACCCUGCAAUUGAAGUUGGUAGAAAACAUACAUGAACCACGGAAAAAUUAUUCCAGUUACCUCCUGUGAUAUAAUCAUAGAAUCAUUUGAGUUGGAAGGGAACCUUUAAGAUCAUCUAGUCCAACUCCCCUGCAAUGAACAGGGACACCCACAGUUCCAUCAGGUGCUCGAUCCAGCCUGACCUUGGCUGUCUGCAGGGAUGGGGCACCAUCACCUCUCUGGGCAACCUGUGCCACUGUCAUUAUUGUAAAUAAGGACAAUGUAAACUUAUACCCAGGCUAAAUCGGCCCUCUUUUAGUUUGAAGUCAUUACCGCUUGUCCUAUCACAACAUAGCCAUCUAAAGAGCAGGGCUGUGCUCUAUCCUUUUAUCCCCCAGCUUGUACUGAUAGUGGGGCUUGCCAUGGCCCUGGUGCAAGACUUUGCAAUUGGAUCUGUUGAACCUCAUGAGAUUCUCCUGGGCCCACUGCUCAGCCUGUCUAGAUCUGUCUGGAUGGCAUCCCAUCCCUUAGGCAUGUUGACCACACUACACAGCUUGGUCCUGGUGUGGUUCUCAUGGUGGGCUGCAUGGACCAUGCUCCAACACACUCUCUUCUUUAAGUCUCAGGAACUGAAACACGAUCUCCUCCUUCUGUGAUCCUGGUGCUGCAGGGUUGUUUCUCUCACAUUUUUCCCUCACUCCUCUGCUUAUCAAGCAUUUCUGCCUUCUCUCAAUUCUGUUUUCCCAGAGGUGUCACCAGCAUUACUGGUAGGCUCCUCUGUGGCUGUGAUGGGGCUACUGCAGAGCCAACUGGACCAGGCUGGAACCAGCUGUGCCUGACACUGGACAGCCCCUGAUCUCCUCUCACAGGCUGCUGCCAACACCUAGAUGUGGACACCCAGUAGAACACUGGUGUGGAAUACUUUGGAAAGCACAUAUCCAUAAGAUUAAGGAUAUACUGACUUAUCUCUGUUAAAAGAACUGAAGUUGCGGGUUGUAAGAGAUUAUUCUUUUGUAUCAUUGACUCAAAGUUUGCUGAGGAACAAGUCCAGGCAAGUCCUGGGCAAAGGCAGAGAAAUCCUUUGUCUUGCGGACACUGAUGGACAGGUCCUGGCUAAGGAUUGUGAAAUCCUCUAAGGAGCACAGAUGGACAAGGCCAGGGGCAACGAGAGAGAGAUAAGCUGCUGCUAAUGGCCGGGAAACGGUCUUUUUGUGUGGACUUAUCUCGAGGAAGAUGGCCAUCUAAGGAGGUAUGCACAGGACUCUUGCUCAAGCACCCAGGAAUGUCACGUAGGCAGGAGAAAAAUGGAGGAUAAAAGAGGGUCCAACAACCACGGCAGAGUAGAGGCUGAUCUCUCACCACGACUCGAGCUUUCUGCCUUCAGAUCCUUCUCUACGGACCGUUUGCUGACGGACUUCCCUGGGCCUGCUACCUGAGAUUUGCUGCUUCCUCCCUGACCUGCACCCUCUCGUUGCCCAAGAUCGGCCUCGCUGCUCCUGCCCUUCGGCCUCGGACCGUCGGAACGUCGUGCAACGGGACUACUGCCGGAUCCUGGUGGUGCCUAUCCCCGCUUUACGCAAUUCUUGCUUCUUUCUAUCUUUUCUAUCGCUCGCCUUCCCUUCCCCAUCACCCCAAUCCUUAAUAGUGUCCGUCCUCCCCUUUCUUCAUCUCCCUUAUUAACACUUGUAAUAAACUGGUCGGA